AUGGCACGGAGAUAUAUCGAAUGGGAUGCGACUGCUUGUUUGGGCCAUCAUCUUACUCAAGCCCACCGCGGCUCGGUGCAUCUAACCUGCUGCACCUCUGUGCCCUUCGCCUGCACCCUCACCCUGGAUCAAUCCUCAGCCUCCACCGGCCAGUCUCCAUAUCCGUCGAGUCUUAUCUCGCCAUCUGGAGACGCCAUCGCAGCUGGAGAGACUUACGGAGUAAUCGAGGGUCGCGGGAAGCCCAGCGAUCAAGUGCAUAUUGGCUAUGCGGGUUGA